GGGCGCCCUGUGUGAUUUUUCGACCCAGUCCCCACGGGAUGCUGGGUCUUGUAGCCAAUCCAAGAUGGCGGGCAACACGAUGGGCCCAGAUCCGCUACAAGAAACGCUAAAAUUGAAGGCGGUUUUAGCGAAGCAGCCAGCUCGUCCCCCAGAGAUGUGUUGUGGAUUGAUUAAAGACCCAGCAAUUGAGAGGUUUGGCUGGAUAAGGGAGAACUCUGACCAGUUCUUCAAGUUCCGCCCAAGAACAGUGUUCUAUUCCACCAUGGUGGCAUUGGUUGUACCUGGAGUGCUGUACUGGGGAAUCAAAUACAUACAGAGGAGCAAAGAUAUAAAGGCAGGUCGACCACCCAGGGAUUUCCUUUAAAGAUUUCUCAAUGUAUAUGUUUUAAAGCUAUUUAGUUCAAUUUUCAACGAAACAAGCAAUAACUGUUAAAUAUGAUAACCUGUGUAAUCUAAUAAAACUCAUUUUGGAAAA